GGCGUUACGCCACAUCGCAGUCAGGAAAAAGCGAGUUGACAGCACGUCAACCAGCUAACCCGAUAACUAGCAACUUAUAUCUGACAAUUGUGAUUUUUUUCUGUCAUUUCAUCAACCUUGGAAAUACUAUGACAUCCACAUUAGACGAAAACACUAAAGAAAAGAUGCGCUCGGUCUCUGUUGAUCUCAACAAUGAUGCAUCUCUUGUCAUUGACAUUCCUGAUGCUCUCUGUGAAAGAGACAAAGUGAAGUUUACCGUCCACACAAAGACUACUUUAAGCUCUUUCCAGAAGCCAGAGUUCUCCGUUCCCAGGCAACAUGAAGAUUUCAUUUGGCUUCAUGACACUCUGGUUGAGACAGAGGACUACGCUGGUCUAAUUAUCCCACCUGCACCCCCCAAACCUGACUUUGAGAGCCCAAGAGAAAAGAUGCACAAACUAGGGGAAGGUGAAGCCACUAUGACCAAGGAGGAAUAUGCAAAAAUGAAGCAGGAGUUGGAGGCUGAGUACCUUGCAGUGUUCAAGAAAACUGUACAAGUGCAUGAAGUUUUCCUGCAAAGAUUGUCAUCGCACCCCAUUCUAAGCAAAGACAGAAACUUCCAGAUCUUCCUAGAGUACGACCAGGAUCUAAGUGUUCGGAGGAAAAAUGCCAAGGAAAUGUUUGGAGGCUUCUUUAAAAACAUGGUGAAGUCAGCUGAUGAGGUCCUCAUCUCUGGGAUAAAGGAAGUGGAUGAAUUUUUUGAACAGGAGAAGACGUUCCUGCUUGACUACUAUGGCAAAAUUAAAGAUUCCACUGCCAAAGCUGAGAAAAUGACUCGAACCCAUAAAAAUAUAGCUGAUGAUUACAUUCAUAUAUCAUCCACUCUAAGCACCAUCUCUUCAGACGACACCACUGCUAGUAAGAAGCAUCUUGAGAAGUUGUCAGACCUUUUUGAAAAGCUCAGGAAAGUUGAGGGAAGAGUAGCAUCUGACCAGGAGCUGAAACUCACAGAGUUGCUAAGAUAUUACAUGAGGGACAUCCAAGCUGCGAAGGAUCUUCUGUACAGACGAGCGAGGGCACUGGUCGACUAUGAGAACUCUAACAAAGCUCUGGAUAAAGCUCGACUGAAGAGCAAGGACAUUCCUCAGGCUGAGGAACACCAGCAGCAGUGUCUGCAGAAGUUUGACAAGCUCUCUGAGUCUGGAAAGAAAGAGCUGACAAGCUUCAAAGGUAGACGAGUUGUGGCUUUCAGAAAGAAUCUCAUAGAGAUGGCUGAACUUGAGAUUAAGCAUGCCAAGAACAACGUAACUCUUCUGCAGAGUUGCAUUGAGUUGCUCAAGAACAACUGACCUGUUUUCAAGUACCCUCAUAUGACCAGCACUAAGUGACCCGUCACUGCAAAGGAAGUCCUGGCAUGGACACUAGUUCAACUCCGUGUCGGCUCCAACCUGAGGUUCUGAUAUACCAGCUGUCUCGUAAGCAAAGUGUCUUCAUGUUUACACUGUGUCUUUCUCUGGUCUGCAUUGUCCUAGCUUUGUCAUUGAAAGGUCACAUGUUUAAAAUCUAAGACCUUUUCCAACUUUAAAGUUUUCCCACUUUGAAUAUUGUGUUGCUAUGACCAUUUUAGCUUGCAUAUUUCUGCAAAUGUCUGGUGUUACGUUCCUCUCAAAUAUCUCAGUCCAUAAAUAAUUUUUCUCUGAGUGUUCACAUUUUUUAUUUUCGUCUCAUCUCACACUGUUUAAUAUCUCAUUGUCAGAAAUAGAUUGUCUUUUUUUGCAAUAUGACCAUUACCUUUCACCUUUCACAUUGCAAAGUCCAUUUAUAUUGGUUGGUGAUUCACAACUGCCAGUGACUCCUGCCUAUUUCCUUAUCACGAAUGAACUUAUAUGAGCACAUUAAGAUAGAAACUGGGUGCAAAAGCUCACACAGUUUCACCAUCUUCACUGACAGCUUCGACAUUAAAAUAUCAAGAUGCUUUUCAUGCAGUCAUUUGUGAUCCCAUGUAUUCCAUUUUCACAGACUUGGUUGGUUACUGCUAUUCUAAAACUGAGAAAUAUUGCAUAAUCAGAGUUUGCAUAAGUAGGUGAGACCAAAAGACACUUGAAUUAUUUGAUAAAUUGCAAAAAUGGACUUCACCUUUUGAGAGGGCCAUUAGAAAGCAUACGCCAUAAUAUUACCGUGUUGAUACAUUAUACUACUCAGUUAAUUCAAUUGCCAACAUUAUGAAAAGCAAUACUAGGUCCCUUAUAAGAUGUGAAAUAAUGUUAAAGCAAUAUCUUCAUUUUUCCAUCAUUAGUCACUUGUUUUCCAAUCCAUGACUUCUUUUAAUUUUCAUUAACUCUCUUGCAUAUUUUGACACUUUCCCUUCGCAAUAUUAAUCUGUUCCCCAUAUGGUUGAUUUUUCUAUCCAUUACCUGAAUUAUAACCUACAUAUAAAAUUACCUUUUCCUUGAGUCGUUAUAUAAGUCCUAUGUUGUAUAAACAUUAAAGUUUAACCCCCACCUUAAAAGUGCACAAUCAGGAUUUGGCUCGGUGGUAUGUCGUUUUUGUUUUUUUUUUUUUUAUGAAUGUAUUUUGUCAUGGAUUCCAGCAGUGUUGAAUGUUCUGUAUGUGAUGCUUUUCUAAAAAGAACAUGAGCAUUUUAUACAUUUCUAUGCCAUUGAAUAAAUCGUAAUAUCCCUAGUCUGUUCGUCUGUCGUUUGGAU